UGUUGGAACAUUCUAUUAGGUUGUUCCUUAGCCAGCAGUGAGAGAAGCCGGUUGAGCACGUUGUAAGGCCGUUGGAGUUCGUCUGAACGCUUCGCAGGGGUCGAGGAUUCAAUCCGUUACAUCAAAAAAUACUAAUCUGAAGUAUAUUUGCCAUCAGCUACAAACAAGUUGACCAAAGAAAUGGUGAUGGAGAAGCCAAGUGCCCAGCUUGUCGGGCGAGAGUUUGUUCGACAGUAUUACACUCUUCUGAACCAGGCACCCGACUAUCUUCACAGGUUUUAUGGUAAGAACUCAUCCUAUGUCCACGGGGGCUUGGACAGCACCGGCAAGCCAGCCGAAGCAGUCUAUGGGCAGACUGAAAUCCACAAAAAGGUGAUGGCGCUGAGCUUUCGGGAAUGCCAUACCAAGAUACGCCACGUGGAUGCCCACGCCACACUGAACGAGGGUGUGGUUGUGCAGGUGAUGGGAGAGCUGUCCAACAACAUGCAGCCAAUGAGGAAGUUCAUGCAGACUUUUGUUCUGGCACCUGAGGGCACCGUGGCAAACAAGUUCUAUGUACACAAUGACAUAUUCCGCUAUCAAGAUGAAGUAUUUGGAGACUCUGAUUCGGAACCCCCUGAGGAGUCUGAAGGUGAGGUCGAGGAGCUGGAAGAGAGGGUCAACACACCAGAAGUGGCACAGGAGGAGUCCGCUGCAUUUUAUGAACAGACGCCAUGCGCGGAGCUGGAGGAGCCCCUGGAGGAGCCGGCCCUCAGCCCGGAGCCGGAGCCCACGCAGGAGCCAGGGCCCGAGGCGGUGUCGGAGCCCGAGGCGGCCGAGCCCGAGGUGAAACAGGAGCCUGAACCCGAGCCGGAGGUCUCCGCCGAGGAGCAGCCCGAGCAGAAGAGCCCCCCUUCUCCCACACCCGCCGACCCUGCACCUGCUGCGCCCGAGGAGAACCGGCCUUUCUCCUGGGCCUCCGUCACCAGUAAGAACCUUCCUCCUGGUGGAGUGGUGCCAGCCUCUGGAAUCCCACCACACGUCGUAAAGGCUCCAGCCGUGCAGCCCCGGGCGGAGGUGAAGGCGGAAGCUCAGACCACAGCACAGAGGCCGCAGAGAGACCAGAGGACACGGGAGCAGAGGCCCGGACCUCCUCCGGCCCACAGAGGACCCCGGCCAGGAGUUCGGGAAGGUGAGCAGGGAGAAUCGGAGGUGCGGCGUGUCGUCAGGUAUCCAGACAGCCACCAGGUGUUUGUGGGAAACGUGCCCCACGACGUGGACAAAGCCGAGCUCAAGGAGUUCUUCGAACAGUACGGCACAGUACUGGAGCUGAGGAUCAACAGCGGAGGGAAGCUGCCUAACUUCGGCUUUGUGGUGUUCGACGAUUCUGAACCUGUGCAGAAAAUCCUAAACAGCAGGCCCAUCAAGUUCCGCGGUGACGUGCGUCUGAACGUGGAGGAGAAGAAAACCCGCUCGGCCCGGGAAGGAGACCGCAGAGACAUCCGCCCCAGGGGCCCCGGGGGACCCCGCGACAGAAUAGGAGGCCCCCGAGUCGCCCCCACCCGUGGAGGCAUGGCCCAGAAACCCAGCUUUGGUGCUGGACGUGGCACUGGACCCAGUGAGGGCCGUUAUGCGGGUCCACGCCAGUGAAUCCCCCCCCCUCACCCCCCUCCCAACGCCCCCUCACACACCACACACACACACAUGCAUACACACAUAUACACACACACUCACGAGGACACUCAUGCACCCAACCAACACACACACUAACCACUACUGAUCCCUGUCACCUAGCAACCAGGGUGGCUUGCAUCUCUCCUUCUCUCAGCUUUUGUUUUCAGCUUUGGGGUUUUGGAAUGUGGUCCUGGACAUUUAUUUUCCUCAUCUUUCUUAGUUCUGAACUUAUUCGUAACAGAAAACAAAUGACAGAGCUACAUGAAUUGAAGAAAAAAAGAAAAGAAAAAAAAAUCCAGAGACUGGCUUUGGCGUUCUCUCCCUGUUUCUUAAAGGAACGUUUUUUACUUCUUGGGCAAUCCUGUGUAUUGCUGCCACCCUGUUUUUCAGAAGUUAAAUACGAACACGGUUUGUUGAAAUUACUGCAAAGUUCAAUCAUCAUGUCUGUCUGAAUGGUUGCUAUUCACUGCGUCUCAUCCUUUUACCCUCCCCACUCCCUGUUGCUUCCUUCGUAUUUCAUCACGUAUGACAUGCAGUAUUUUUAACAACUUUGAGCUAAUGAGAGAACAACUUUUAAUACAUACUAUUUUUAAACCACUUCAUUUGUUUUGUAGUCUGAUUUGAACAUGGCAAACCUCUGUUGAGAGAUGUUCUGUUUUGUAAAAGCAAAUUGUUGUGCCUUCUAUUUAUCUCAUUCCAGUCAUGAAAGAUGUAAAAAUAAAGUGUAGAUUUGCUUUAUCACUAUAUUUUUUGACGUUCUUCUCCAAAGGCUUUUUUUAAUUUUUUAUUCCACAAAUUGCUUGCAUUUGAAUGGAGGACUACACCACGGUUGCUCCGCCAGUCUGCUCUGUAUUGGCCUAUGCAAAACUGGCUGCGGUUUUGCGAUUCCUUCUGGAUAAACGGUAACGAUCCAUUACACAUAUGUAAAUAAGCCCCCAUAUACAGGCUUCAGCUUCUCCUAUUGCCCAGUGUACACUUACACAACUUGUCUGUGUCUGUUCGUACUGCAGUCAUUUUAGACCAUUCCCUCUAAUUUUCACCAGUCCCUACGACUGCAUCUGAAACUAAAUGCCAAUUUUGUUUGCUUGGGGGACUGCAAGUGGUGGCAUUAGUCCAGUAGGGGACAGUCUUUGCUGUGGUCUAGAGGUCUACAACUCCAGUACUUGAGAGCUGCAGGGUCUGCUGGCUUUUGUUUUUAAUUUGAAAAUCAGUGAUGAAUUCAGGCCUGAGAAACCACCUUUAAUUGGUUUUAAUCAACUGCUUUAAUUGAAGUACUGACUAAUGUAGAGAACUAGCAGACCAUACAGCUGUCUGGGACCUGAGUUUCAGACCUCUGCUCCGGACUAAACGCAAAAGCCAACCAACCCAAAGCAUAAUGAUUUGGUAUGCUAGUGUUGGAGAUGCGCUUCAAUAGAAUUAGCCUGUGUGUCCUGGCCACAUUCCACAUUUUGGUUUGAUUAGUUUUUUUAUUUUAUUAGAGCCCUGCUUGGUAAUUGUUCGAAAUAAGCAUUUCCUAAGUGUCGUUUUUGCUGCUGUAAAAUGGUCUUUAGGCACAAAAAAGGCCUCGAGUAAAUGCAAGGUGAAGUCGGGUAAUUCCCAAAUAUAUUGACAAAGUGUAUUUCGGCUGAUUUAAUCGCACAUCCUGAGCAAGGGCAUGUUAUCUCUGUGUUGGAUGACAAUGACAAACUGCUCUAGUGUUUUCAGUCAUUUGUGUGCUGGUACAUGUUUCAAGGGUUACGUAGCCUCUGCCUAAAAACAAAAGCAACAAGCAAGCCUGUAAAUACAAGGGCAAAUGAAAAAAUACAUGAGCAUGGAAAGAAUAAAUAAAGAGCUGUUGAAUUUGUUUCUCAA